CAACUUCAAAGAGUCACAAAUCACCCUUAAUCAAAAAGGGUGCAGAAAUUUUUUUUUGGGCCCUCCCCGCCAUGAGCUCCUACGUAGCCAAUUCAUUCUAUAAGCAGAGCCCCAAUAUCCCUGCCUAUAACAUGCAAACUUGUGGGAACUAUGGAUCGGCCUCAGAGGUGCAGGCAUCCAGGUACUGCUACGGUGGAUUGGACUUAAGCAUCACUUUCCCACCGCCUGCGCCUUCCAACUCUCUCCACGGGGUAGACAUGGCUGCCAACCCCCGGGCUCACCCCGACCGCCCCGCCUGCAGCGCCGCGGCCGCUCCGGGACACGCUCUGGGCAGAGAUGAAGCGGCUCCUCUGAACCCCGGGAUGUACAGUCAGAAGGCGGCUCGCCCAGCGCUGGAGGAGCGAGCUAAGAGCAGUGGGGAGAUCAAAGAGGAGCAGGCGCAGACAGGGCAGCCCGCCGGACUGAGCCAGCCACCGGCCCCGCCACAGAUUUACCCGUGGAUGACCAAACUGCACAUGAGCCACGAGACGGACGGCAAGCGGUCCCGAACCAGUUACACGCGCUACCAGACCCUGGAACUGGAAAAAGAAUUCCACUUUAAUCGCUACCUCACUCGCCGCAGGCGCAUAGAGAUCGCCAACAACUUGUGUCUCAAUGAGAGACAGAUCAAGAUCUGGUUCCAGAACCGCAGGAUGAAGUGGAAGAAAGAUUCCAAAAUGAAAAGCAAAGAGGCUCUUUAGAGGCAGCAGGGAGGCCCGCAGAUAGCGCCCCAAGCCCGCUUUGGUCCCCGCGCCUUUCCUUUUCGGUUGUCCUCUCUCUGUAUUUUGGGGCAAGGGCGGGGUCUGCAGCACCCGCUCGGGGCCUCACCGACAAAAGCGCUUUCCCUUGGCACUCCGCAUCCCCACCGACCCCAGGUUCCUGCGGGGCUGUCCGCGCGGUGCAGACUCCCCUCAGUUCUGCUCAGCACCGGCGGGGUGGGGGGGGAGGGGGGCGCCAGGGCAAGCUCCGCAGGGGCUCCCCAGAGGGCUGCGGCAGACGGGCUGGUGCUGAACGAACCGGGCCUGGGCCGCCUCUCAGGCUCCCAGCCCCAGAGCGGCCUGCGGGAAUUAAGGUGGGCCCGGCAGGGACGCCCCCACCCUCCGGCCUCCCCUGUCCUUUGUUCCCAGCUUAGGCUGGCCAGGCGGCUGAGAGCUGGUGAGAGUGGCUAUGCUUGGGGGAGUCCGGCGCCAGACUCGGGGUGCUUCGUUGUAGCGACUAAACUCCAUGUUCGGUUUUUUAAUGAUUUGCAUAUGAAAGGGGGAGAUGACUGAAGGUCUGCCUGGGGCCCCCUUGGUUGCCCUAGGCUCUCCAAACCUUCUCACCCAUCCCUAAGCCCGGUAACCUCUCCAGCCUGCGCCCUCUGCAUGCCCUCUCAGGCCCCUCCACCUCAGACCACUAGCUAGCUCAACCAUGGGGUUCCCUGCCACUGGACCCCAGCAAGCAGUCCUAGAGGUUCCUGGCUGCCCACUAGUCCCUGCCACGACUCUCUGUGCCCUCCUGCCCCAUCGCUGUUGUCCAACUAUUUAUUGACUCCAGGUCUUUCCUGAAACUAUAUUUUGUCAUAUCAAAUAAAGACAAAGAGAGAUCAGGACUAAA